AUGUCGUCUGCUCGCGGAGAAAUGUCAACAACGCCCAAGUUGAAGUCGUUUUUCUCCGGUCGCCGUUCUUGUCCAGUCUCACGCUCGCAUGUCACUCCAAUCAAGAAAGCUUCAAGCCCACGCAGUCGUGAAAGGAACCUCGCUCAUCAAACUGCGAAAAUCUACAUGAGAAUUGAUCCGAUAUUUGCUCGUAUUUUUGCAGCUACCAAGGAUGCUCAAACGCUGAAAUUUAGAAACGGUCUGGAGCCUCGUUUUCCUGAUAAGGCAAUCGAAACGAUGAAGAAGCUUGGACGAUUUACAACAGCAAAGAAGAUGCGCUCGAAUCAUCAACCUGAGCCCGAGAAAGUUGAUGACGAUGAACUCAAAGAGCUCCAUCUCGUGAUCGGUGAAUAUGAAGCCGAUAUUGCCAGGGCCAAAUCGGUUGAAGUCAUGGUCGACGAGGAGCUCCACCCAAGGCGUAAACGAAAGCUUCCACAAGAAGAAUGGGGUCUGAAGACUCCUGAAGAGAAAAAGGGGGAGAAAACGGACGACUCGGAUAAGGUGACCGAAUUCCUCUUUGGUGAGACGUUGGCAAAAGCUCGUGCUCAGAUCGAAAUC